AUAUUUUACUGUCACCCACAGCUUCAUAUGUUUUUCAGAGACGGAGGGAAUAAUGUAUUAAAAUUGAAGAUAAAAUCAAUAAAAUUUACAAUGAAAUGCUCAUACGAAAUAGAGCACCAAAAUUACCAGAUAAAUGAUCUAAAAUGCCAUCUGCGCAACCUCCUCUUACCACAUUAUCUCUCUAUAAAUUAUGCCCACCACUUGACCAACAUUACCCCAUCACUCACACAAUCAAAUUACACUGCUUUCUCAGCUAGCCAGCUACCUUCACUCUUGUUUGAGUUGCAGAGAUGGAGAACAAAGAGGAGGACGUGAGGGUCGGAGCCAACAAGUUCCCAGAGCACCAGCCCAUCGGCACGGCGGCGCAGAGCCAGGACAAGGACUACAAGGAGCCGCCGCCCGCCCCGCUCUUCGACGCCUCCGAGCUGGCGUCGUGGUCGUUCUACCGAGCUGGGAUCGCCGAAUUCAUCGCCACCUUCCUCUUCCUCUACAUCACCGUCCUCACCGUCAUGGGCGUCAGCAAAUCCGACUCCAAGUGCGCCACCGUCGGCAUCCAGGGCAUCGCCUGGGCCUUCGGCGGCAUGAUCUUCGCCCUCGUCUACUGCACCGCCGGAAUCUCCGGCGGCCACAUCAAUCCCGCCGUCACCUUCGGCCUCUUCCUCGCCAGGAAGCUGUCGCUCAACCGCGCCGUCUUCUACAUGGUCAUGCAGUGCCUCGGCGCCAUCUGCGGCGCCGGCGUCGUCAAGGGCUUCGGGAAGACCCUCUACAUGAGCAAGGGCGGCGGCGCCAACACGGUGGCGCACGGCUACACCAAGGGCAGCGGCCUCGGCGCCGAGAUCAUCGGCACUUUCGUGCUCGUCUACACCGUCUUCUCCGCCACCGACGCCAAGCGCAGCGCCAGAGACUCCCACGUCCCCAUAUUGGCUCCGUUGCCUAUCGGGUUCGCGGUGUUUUUGGUGCACUUGGCGACGAUCCCGAUCACCGGAACCGGUAUCAACCCCGCCCGGAGUCUCGGCGCCGCCAUCAUCUACAACAAGAGCCACGCCUGGGACGACCACUGGAUUUUCUGGGUGGGACCAUUCAUCGGAGCGGCGCUGGCAGCUCUGUACCAUCAGGUGGUGAUAAGGGCAAUUCCGUUCAAGUCUAAGUGAAACUGUGAUUCCAUUAGUCUUCAAUUUGGGGCUUUUUUUCUCUAGUGUUUUUUCUAUUUUGUUUCAUGUUUUCUUUGUUGUAAAUUGUAUCAUUUGCGUAAGAGGCCUUGCAAUCUAUGUAAUCAUACGAUGGGUUUUGAGUUAUUUGAAUGGAAAGCCUAACGUAGGAUUGUUAA